CCGAAAUCACUGCAAUAUUUUUCUACAAUGACAGCCACGACGAGAUCUCCCUACCCUUUCUCUUUCACCUCACACUCAGAAAUGACGUCACAAUCACCCCCCAACAGCCGCGGGGCCAUCCCCUCGCUUCAAGCCUCGCGUCUUCGAUCGCUCAUGCUUGAAGCGUACGCCGACAGAUCCAAAAUCCUCGCUUUUCCAUGUAGCUACGAUGGUCUUUCGUCGCGGCUAAUCGAGGAAGCCGGCUUCCCAAUGCUCUUCCUGUCCGGGUUCGCGGUCUCCAGCACACAUGGCCUCCCGGAUACAGGCUACAUCGCAAUGGCGGAGAUGUGCGAUAAGAUUCAGGAGACAGUCCGCGUAACAAGUCUACCGAUCAUGGUCGAUGGUGAUACAGGGUACGGAAGUGCAAUGAAUGUCAAGCGCACGGUGGAGAGUUUCGCUGCAGCAGGCGCAGCGGGGGUUAUGAUUGAGGACCAGACCUGGCCGAAACGCUGCGGCCACACCAAAGGCAAAUCCGUUGUAUCUCGCGGCGAAGCAUACGCUCGGAUCCAGGCAGCCUGCGACGCGCGCAACGAGGGUCGAGAUAUAUUUAUUCUCGCUCGCACAGACGCAUUGAUUCAUGGAUGGGACGAGGCCCUAGCUCGAGCGAAAGAGUUUAAAGGGAUUGGCGCAGAUGCAGUGUUUGUAGAGGCAUUACCUGAUCGCGACGCAAUGAAGCGCUGCGUCCAGGAACUACAGAUGCCGAUGCUUGCAAAUAUCAUUGAAGGAGGGAUGACGGAGAAUCUUUCUGCUAAGGAGCUGGCUAGCUUGGGGUUUGCGGCGGUCGCGUAUCCGUGGACGCUAGUCGCUGCGAAACUGAAGGCCAUUAAGGACGCGCUGGAGGGACUGAAGAGAAGUAUGCUGGAGGAUGCACCCCCACCGAUGAUCCUGGGAUACGAUGAGGUUUGUGAGGGAGUCGGCUUCAAAAAGUACUGGCUCUUUAUCCUAGUUUACAAAGGAGACCCCCUAGACUACUCCGAGUACCGCCACACAGCGCUCUACUUCCAGUUCGCCUCGUCUAGCCGGAGCAUCAUGCAUGUCAUCGGGUGCCCGGGCCUCUUCCGCUUCGCGCACGCCCGAGGCGCCGGCAUCGACCCCGCGAAUGUCGGGAUUCUCGCCAAAGUCGUGCCAGUUACGGAUAUUCCGACAAAGAUCGGCGAGGACUCAAUAUGUCAGACGGUCGAACGAACGCCAAUUCGAAACGGGCGGGAUGAUCUCGAUUGGAAUUGCCAGAACUGGGUAGGGGAUGCCUUGGCGAGGCUGGUGGACAGAGGGUGGAUUACGCAGGAACAUAGGGAAGAUGCGAUCGAUAAAAUGGCGGAUGCUUGCUUAGAGGCGCGGGACGAUGCAAUUUGA